ACUAUAUAAUCAGUUUUUUUGCUGCUAGUUGAAGAAAUCCCCAAUUCAAUCGCUGUAGUAGCUGCUGAAUCAGUCUGCAAUAUAAUUUCGAAUCAUGGUGAAGAAUCACAAUUCGAAGCCCUCGCCUUACUCGUCUUCCAAUCCGGUGUCGAUUUCAGGUUUCCACGGCCAGAUUCUGGAAGUGACUGUCGUCGGUUGCAAUAGAUUGAAGGACACCGAAUGGAUUUCCAGGCAAGAUCCCUACGUCUGUCUCGAGUAUUCUAGCUUCAAAUACCGCACGCGAACUUGCACAGAUGGAGGCAAAACCCCUACGUUUCAAGAGAAAUUCAUGUUUACCUUGAUCGAAGGACUGCCGGAAUUCUCCGUAUCAGUCUGGAACAGCAAUACAAUCACUGCAGACGCAUUCAUUGGUGUUGGCAAGAUUCAAUUGCAGAAAGUUCUAUCGCAGGGCUACGACGACAGUGCCUGGCCAAUUCAGGACAAAAGAGGAAGGCAUGCCGGGGAAGUUCGAUUGAUAAUGCAUUAUGCCAACGCCACAAAGCCGACAUCGAGCCAAGCACCACAAUUUUCCGGAACACCGGCGCCACAAGUCCCUCCAUAUUCGGUGCCUCCCCCAUCGUAUUCUUAUCCUCCCACGACGUAUCCCCCGUCAUACCCUCCUCCACCUUCAUCAAUAUAUCCUCCGUCUCCAUACCAUCAUCAAGUAGCUACUUAUCCCCCGAGCUACCCACCGGCAUCGUCGUAUCCGCCGCAAUCAGUUUAUCCCCCAAAUCCAUAUCCUCCUCCUCCAGGUGCGUAUCCUCCACCAUAUUGAAGCAUGCUUAGGGAUAUAGAUAGAUACUCCACUUGGUAAUGUAUCUGUAUAUUUGCAUAGACUACAUAUAUUAAUUCAUCAUUACUAUGCAAAAAAAAUUGAUUCUUUCAUAUAUAUAUAUAUGUACAUGUUUGUUGCAAAAAAUGAUUACAUGGGAGGAAUAAUACAAAAUUGUUUGGUA